CAGACGCAUCCACGCACACAGGUGUUGGCUAGCAAUACUGGAAUCAGAUUAGAGUCUAAAAUCGUGACGACGUACGUCUUUGGCGAUGUUUCAAGCACAACAGAAUCAGGGCCGUGGGGCUCCCCUAGGCGCGAACCGGUUACAAAACGGAAAGAUGGGAGGCGGGUCUCAAUGGGGAUUUGGAGCCCCCAUGGGCGCACCAGGACUAUCAAACGCGCAAACAAGGACAAACAAUGGCGCCAUGUCAAGCUUUGCGCAAGCAAUGGGUGGUUCACAGCCACAUACGCCGCUGAAUCUUGAGGAGUUCCCCUCGUUAUCAGGUGCACCGCAAACGCAGCAAAAUACAUCUGCGCAACAGAUGUGGGCAAACCCGACGCUACGAACAACACAGCAGAAUCAGCAAAACACGAUAGGAAGGCCACAAGUACAAGGCCAACAGCAGGGUCAGGGACAAGCUGGGCAAGCUUCAAAUCAGCAACAUCAGAACCAGGGCCAGGAUGAUUCGUCGCAAAGCCAGUUUUCGGGAGCCGGCGAUGACUACCGAUUCGGCGGACAGGGGGGUGUUGGUCAACUUGGAGGCGUCCAGCCGCAGACAGGCAACAUUGACGAGUUUCCACCGUUAGGUGGCGGUGGCGGCGACAUUGCCCCAGAUCGAAGAGCGGGGUUAAUACAGAAUGCUGCGGCAUUUGGGGCCAACGCGAAUGCUUUCCCAGGGCUCGGGCAAACACGGAAUGGCCUUUCAAGUCCGACGGACAGCCAGCAAGAUCGGGGCAUCAAUCCCACUGUAGGCGGAAGAGGGCUUCCAGGUGGAGCAUCGCGAACGCCAUUCGAGAACAUGCGAGCAGGCAACCCUUCAGAUAGCAACCAACGGACAACCCAGUCCGGCAACAUGUUCUCCCUGGGCCACCAGAUAGGAAUGCGGAGUGGUGGUGACCUUGCUCCGGGCGCUCAACGGGCUCAGCAAGGCCAGUUCGAGCAGACAUUUGGGGCUGAUGUUAUGGGCUCACCAAAUGCUCAGAGUAUGCCACACAAGAAGCUAUCCGACAUGACCGACUCAGAACGAUAUGGAUUGCCUGGGCUUUUAUCUAUGAUUCCGAUGGAGAGUCCUGAUUACUCCACCCUAGCCAUGGGCCAAGAUUUGACUGUUCUGGGCUUGGAUUUGAGUCGGCCUGACAACUUGCCAUUACAUCCAACAUUUGGUUCACCCUUUGUCGAAUCAAACGUCAAGCCAGUAAUACCGCCAGAUUUCACCCUUCCAGCAGCGUACACGGUGACAAACGUGCCGCCACUUCAUUCCAAGAUGACGAGUUUCUCAGCAGAGACUCUUCUCGCCAUCUUCUACCAGUACCCAAGAGACAUCCUACAGGAAAUCGCCGCACAAGAACUAUACAACCGCGACUGGCGAUGGCAUAUCAAGCUCCAGCAGUGGAUGAUGAAAGACCCAGAUCUCCCAGCGCCCAUCCGUCUCUCACCAAAGGAAGAACGCGGCUGGUAUCUCUUCUUUGACGUCAACAACUGGAGGAGAGAGAGGAGAGAGUUCGAACUCAACUAUGAUCAUCUCGAUCAACGCCACGGCAGCCCUGCAAUGACGGGACAGAUGUAGGGACCCUGUGACGCUCAACAGGCAACAACUGUAUAGUUAUGAUAGAUGUAGCAAAGGGCACGGGGCUACUCUGGUGGGGGGGAGAUUUUGUAAUUGCUGCAUUGCAAAGAAUGAGAAGCUCCUGAUGUGCAUGGUCCGGCUGUUCAUGAUUCGAUUU